AUGCCGCCAUCUAAGCCACACACCUACGAAAACGAAGUGUAUGCAAACGGGCUCCAGAAUAUAAAACCGCCAAUUAGCUUCAACCCACUCGACUGGGAAACAGCAGCCAAAGAAACCCUACCCGCCGAAAGCUUUGGCUAUGUAUGGGGCUCAGCCGGCGUCCGCGAAACAGACGACAACAACCGAGCAGCAUUCCGCAAAUGGAGUAUCGUUCCAAGUCGACUAGUCAAAGCAGACUUCCCCAACCUUAAAACCACACUUUUCGGUCAAGAAUACAAAUACCCCAUCGCCUUUGCACCGGUAGGCGUACAACGCAUCUUUCACCGCGACGGUGAAAUCGCAACAGCCGCCGCAGCAUCCAAGGAGAACGUUCCGUACAUUCUCAGCUCGGCUUCAUCGACCAGCAUUGAAGAUAUUGCGAAUGUUGAUUCCACGAGUACACGCUGGUUCCAGCUCUAUUGGCCGUCAAACGAGCACAAUGACAUAACGAGGAGUCUUCUGCAAAGAGCCAAGCAAUCGGGGUGUAGCGUACUUGUAGUUACGCUUGACACGUACAUUCUUGGUUGGCGUCCAUCAGACCUUAAAAAUGCAUUUAACCCUUUCCUGCGCCCGGAUAAUAUCGGCGUGGAGCUGGGUUUUUCGGAUCCUGUUUUUCGGCGCCAGUUUCGGGAACGGCAUGGUAAGGAUGUGGAGGAUGAUAUGGGAACCGCGGCGGCGGAAUGGACUCGAACUAUUUUCCCGGGCACCAGCCAUUCUUGGGAAGAUUUGGCAUUUCUCAAAGAACAUUGGGAUGGACCGAUUGUUCUGAAGGGGAUUCAGACCGUUCGAGAUGCGGAACAGGCUGUGGAAGCUGGUGUUCAGGGCAUUGUGGUUUCUAAUCAUGGAGGUCGUCAGCAGGAUGGAGGAAUCGGGUCUCUUGAUGUCCUUCCUGAGAUUGUGGACGCUGUUGGGGAUCGGCUAGAAGUUAUCUUUGAUUCUGGGGUGAGAACUGGGGCUGAUAUUGCUAGAGCAUUGGCGCUCGGUGCGAAGAUGGUUCUUAUUGGUCGGCCGUAUGUUUAUGGGCUUGCUAUUGCUGGUGAAGCUGGGGUGUCUCACGUUUUGCGUAGCAUUUGUGGUGACUUGGAACUAACGCUUCAUCUUGCUGGGAUUCCGUCUUCCUCUUCGGAGCAUUUGAAUAGGAAUGUCCUGCGGAGGAAUGAGUAA